GACUUCUGACAUAAAACCUCUGUCCUAAAACCAUCUGUUAUCUUUCACUGAGGAAAUAAAAGUUCUGCUGCUGCAGGUACCGUCUGUGUCCAGGUCCGACUCCACAGAUCGAGGAUACACCUUUGUGACGUGGGCAUUUCGCUUCGCUCAUCAAGUUCGGGUUAAUUUUCGUUACCUGCACGGACUUCCAGUAAAAGCAGUGGAAGUGUCUCCUUACAGAAUCCUACCGUCCAAACAGACGUACGAGUCGCUACGACAGCGAAUGAAAAUAUUAGUGAUGCGAAUCAUCGCCGACAACCUGACAGCCCUGAAAGGACCAAGAGGACGAGUGAUGAGACACGUCCCUCACAUCUACUCCAUCCUGAUGAAGGAGGAGAGCACCACAGUGAGUCUGGGUGCGGUGAUACCGAACACCACAGAGGAGUCUGUUAGCUCAGCGUACGGCCUUAAAGACUACAUCCCUGUGGUUUCUGGGACACCGCACCACAUCCUGUGCUGUGGGGACGUCCUCGGCACUGACAGGACGGAGCACGGCAACAAAACACAGAGCACUGACACUCCAAACCCGAACCCUGACCUGAAGUUUGAUGGACUCGUAGAAGCUCCACAAGAGUUUCAGAAGGAACACCUGUUCCACGAGGAAAUGAUAAAGAUGCUUCUCAGUGAAAAGAGUGAGAACGCUCGAGGAACUCUUCAUCACAUCGUCUCACUGUUUCACUUCAAGACGUUCAACAACACCGCCAAAGACUACUUCCUGAACAUCUGGGACUUCAUCACGUUUGUGACGACAGCGUACGUGACUCUGUUUGCUGUGACGGACUGUGGUCUGGACUCAGUGGACCAGAAACCAUCAGACUACCCCUCUCAGGUCUCAGCUCAGAUGGACUGGCUGAGUCAACUGGCUCACAGACUGGUGGAUCUGGUGUGGAUGCCUCCGCCUCAGGAGGACAUCAACACUGCAGCUGCUGCCGCUGAAAGUCACUGUGAUGGAGAGAAGAAGAAAACUUCCCCCUUCUGUUACUGCAGAGAAGAGAAACCAGGUGAGCAGCUGGUGCGGUGCUGCAGUAACCUGUGUCCAGGUAUCUGGUUCCAUGAAGGAUGUGCUCGGGCUCAGACGCUCUCAGACCCACGUGAGGAGGACUGGUUCUGUGGUCCAGACUGCAGUGCAGAUGGAACCUACGUGUACUGUCACUGUAAGGAGCAGAAGGGGGGACAGAUGGUCCAGUGUGGACUGAUGGACAAGUGCAGGAGACACGAGUGGUACCACAGAGACUGUCUGACAGCCGCCGAGCAGACCAGAGCCCAGCAGACUCCGUGGUUCUGCUCAGAGUCCUGCUCCAUGGCAUCUGACGGCGAGGACUUCCUGUUAAACUACACAAGGGCAGUGGUGUGGGAGGGGCUGUACCACAUGGCCCGACGGGACGCCAUCCAGGAGGGAGACGGAGAGGCUAUGACAGACUUCUGGAAGAUGGACCUGGUUCUGCUGUGGACCAGACAACACCUGCAGCUCUUUAACAGCGGCCACCAGAUGAUAACAGGGAUCGAGGGGUUCUACCCAGAGCGUGUCAGACAGGACAUGAAGUGGAACCGAGUGUUGAAUCUUCAGGGAACAUCAGGAGGAAACGUCAGUGUGGAUCUCCUCACUGAGCUCAUGAUCAACGAGUUCAAAGGUGUGAUAGAGUUCGGUAAAGGCAGCUUCACGAGGCAGCAGGUGGAGCAGAGCGCUCAGCUGGCCGGAGCUCAAGCCAAACACCUGGACAGACUCUUCUUCACAGGAGGAAACCCUCUGAACCUGUCCACCUACCUGUCCCGGCUGACGUCGUCGUCCUGCAGGAGGACGGACGACGUGUCCAAGUUUGUGGACGAGUUUAAGAAGGAUGAGUUGUUCGCCUUUAAAGCGGGAAGAAAACAUCAGGGCUUCAACAAGUUCAGCUACCAGCAGAGGGUGAGGAGCCCCAAGAGGAUGGGGAGGAGCAUCAGGAGUCUGUGUGAGGAGCUCGACCGACGGAGAGACAACAUCCUCUGAGAGCUGUCCACAGGUCAGUCACAUGACACUGUGACAUCAUAGUAUGAACACAUAACAUGCUUCUCAAAGUCAAGGAUGCUUCCUUGGUAGGAUGGGUCCGACAGACUCCGUCCUACAUUCAGAGCACACAUGAUGGAACAGUCUUGUGAGUGUGCAGGUGUGCGUCAUUGAAAAGGUCCCGUCUUCACUUCUGAGCUACAAGUUCAAACCAAGCUGCAAAAUCCAGGGCUGAAAAAUAAAGCCAGUGUUGAAGUGCCAAAAUCUGCAGUUCUUUCAAUGACCACUUGAGGCUGGCUCCAGAAGCCGGUCAGUCCUUGUAGACCCCCAUGUUAAAAUGCUCAACUUUACAGCAGAGAUACAGUCGACCAGACAGGUCAUUAGUCAGCAAGAUUUCACUGGUCACUUAGUCGCAGAAAAAACAAGAAAAAAAGUAAAACUAUUAGGAGCUGCGCCUUGUCAAAAUAAAUCCAAACCUAUAUGACUGGACCAUGUGGGAAUUUAAUUUGAAAGGACAGACACAGGAAGUGUCCAAGCUCAGCAGUCAGACAGGAGUCAGGUUAAUUUCCAGGGCUGGUACCUGCGGUUAUUCCACAGGCUAGUUAAUAACAUGUCGGGCAGGAAAUCCAAAGUGUGGGAUCAUUGCAGUUUUUGUCACUUCCAUGUUGGCUUCAUAUUUCCUCUUUGGAGGUUGCUGCUCAGAUUUGGUGACGUAGCAUCCUUAAAAUGUAGCUGUGAAAUGAUCCUUCUUUGACUACGAGUAGCGCCCACAGAGAGCACAGCAGCUGUCAUACAGACCGCAGUGGUGCAGGUCAGGAGGUCAAAAUACUUUAUUUUUUGUAGACAGUGAUUAGGAUAAACUUACCCUCCUACAUAAUGAUAACUUUGUUUAUAAUUUUGUAAAUAAGUAAAGACUUUAUUAAUAAAAACAUGUUCAUUGAUUUAUUUUUCUGACCUGCAGCAGCUGAAAAGAGACGACUGACGGGGAGGAUUUAUGAGUUUUUGUAAAUAUUACAAGUUUUCAUUUUAUUUUGACCACUUUAAUAAUAUUUUGUGUGACUUCCUGUUUUUCAACAUCCUGAGCUGCAGAACAAAUAAAAAGUUUUA